AUGAAAUGGUUUGAAACGCCCUCGGUUGUUUCUUUAAGUCCAGGUAUUACAAAUGUUUAUCUAAAUAAGCCACUUCUGUUAAUUGGGACGUUUUUGAAACACUAACAUUCCUGUUAGAAUAUAGCAUAUUUUUAUCUUCUAUAAAAACAGUCCUCCAACAAUGCCCAAAGUGUGAUUAGUCUGUUGGGAAGAUCUUUCAAACGUCUGUUGUCCGUGUUUGUCCGUGACAGAGAAUCACCCCUCGACGACCUGAUCGAUCUGAAGUCAGGAUCGUUUACCAGAAAAAUUUCCGCUUGAGAAACCGAGGUGAAACAUCGAGCCGUCUUCAUUCCCAUUGCCCUGUCUUUGAGGUGAAUAAUGAAGUGCUAUCCUCCUCCCCCUCCCCCUCCCCCUAAAGCAACAAAUCUGAUCUACCGAUGAGUUAGUAUAUAAAAAUGACUAUUUCCUUCCUUUUUCAUUUUUUUUUCAUGAGAAGCAUGUACAGGUGAAACAGCACUUGGGUUGGAAAGUGGUCUCGUUACAUUCCAGCAAAUGACGGCAUCCUCCACCUUCAAGAAAAAUCACGGUCCAUCUAACGGAAGACUCAAUCACGCGGCUGCAAAUGGAAAAACAGGCGCCUGGUCAGCUGGGGCUAAUGAUACAAAUCAGUGGCUUCAAGUGGAUUUUGGAAGAAAUGUCAGAAUUACAAAGCUCGCUACUCAAGGGCGUCAAGACUACGAUCAGUGGGUGAAGACAUUUACUCUUUCAUACACUCUUGAUGGCAACCCUUCUUUUCAGAUUUACCAGGAGAAUGGGGCUGAAAAGGUCUGGUGAAGUAUAUCUUGCCUGAUAAACAUUCCAGUCAAACAUAAUUUCUCAUACUUUUCAAGUAUUCAAAGUUUUAUAAAAGAAAUACAAUUAACUUGAGAAUUUGCUGCGAAAAUUUAAUUUGAGUUGUAAAAAAACAAACUUCGCUAUUGAAACAAACAAAGACAUUAAAAUCAAAAUUUUGGAUUGAACAGAGAAUUGCUCAUGUUUUAACGAGAAAUGUAACUAACUAAAAGUCGAGAGUCAGUUCUUAACAAAAAUGUCAUGACUGUUUCUGCAAAGGUAAAGACAAUUUUUCUCCUCGUUUGCCAUCCUGUUCAGGUUUUUAACGCAAACAAGGACAGGGACACCAUCGUGAAUCAUGUACUAAUUCAGCCAAUCAUAGCCCGGUCCGUCCAAAUAAACCCAAAAUCAUGGAAUGGUCAUAUCUCCAUGAGAGCAGAGUUUUACGGAUGCAUCCUUUCAGGUAAUGUCUGAGGUAAUUGGUUUGAUCGACAAGAAAUACUAACGUAGCAGUUUCUCUUUUUCGUGUUGGAUUAGGAGUGUAGAGCUCAUCUUUUUUUGAUCGUGGCGUUGAUGUGUUGGUCUCAUUCGAUAUAAUAGAUCUUUUGAUCAUUUAUUAAUUAAAACAAUGGUUUAAUAUUCUAUAGGACUCUGCCCUUCUUUUAUUCAGAUUAACCUUUCUGAACUACUGAGACAAUAACUAUUUUGUGAAGUUGCAAACAAAGGCUAUUUAUACAGCUACCCAAUUUUAAAGAGGGAAGAACAUCUGAGAGAAUUGCAUCGACUUUGUUAAGAAAGAGUUCUUAAGAUCAACUGAUUUUCCGUUGGUUGUGCAAUAGACCGAUACCAAGUGUUGGGCCGAGUAGUGCACAUGGAUUUCGUAAAAGAGCAACUAAAAACAAAGAAAAAGGUCAACUUUGGAGACUCCCAGGAACAAACUAAUGGAAUCGAGCUUGCAGUCAUGGCAGAUACCAUUUAUGUGAAGGUGCGUUUGACAGUUUUGUACUUAAGUCUAGCCAACGCCACAAUGGGCGCCUAGAGAGCUUAUCGUUUAUUUUUUUCGUGUUCUAGUCGGAGGGCUUUUUGAACAUAGCGGGAUUAUUAAAGAGGUGCUUCAUUAAAAUUAGCUGAGGGCUGUAAUAAAUAUUAUGCAUAUAGUAUUUUCCUCAUUUUGAAAACCGACGAUUUUGAACUUGGAGAUAGUGAAAUUAUGAAAACAUGAAGUUAGAAAUCAGGGAGACCUAUUAAGUUAGUUACAAAAGUGCGAAAAACCUCUUUGGUAAACAGUUAUUUCAAAAUUACAUGAUACACGAGGAACUGACCUGACAAAUAGGAACGCAUGAAUUAAUACUUAUCAAUAGUAUGUUAAUAGAUACGAUGUGUAAUUAUUCUAAAUUUCAAUCUUUGAUCAAUGAUUUGUUACACAGGGAGACAUUAAAAUGCGUGGCACCAAGAAAUUGACAAUGUUCAGCCGUAAGCUUUCAUUUUUGAAAGGAAGUAAACUGGAUCUCAGAGCUCCAGAUCUGCUACAAACCUUUGAUAAACUUGAACCUGGCGCUGAUGGAAAGGAUGGCAACCAUGGUGUAAAUGGGACCAUAGGUAAAAAGAUGGCUUUAAGUGCAGCCCGUAAUCUCUGUUCUAAUAAUGUAUGACGUAAGGGAGUUUCAGUACCAAGGACGCUAUGGCAACGUAAUAUGUCAGAAAUGUGCUAGAAACCUCUUGAGUGUGAAAAUAGUGACAAUGGCAAUGAUCUUCACAUUUAGAGUGAUGAAUAUGAUGAAUAUUUUGAAGGUCCCACCUUACGUCUCUUUUUUAGAAUCCCAGCUGCCGUAAGUUCUGCUUUCUUAAAGAUAUUUUUCCCUUAUAAUCAGUGGAGAUAUCAGCCCAUACUGUCGUAGGAUACAUCAACAUCAUAACUAACGGCGGUAAUGGAAACAAAGGCCAAAAUGGCGCGGAUGGGAGGAAAGGGGCUGACAGCAUGACAAAGGUAUAAAAAUUAGGAAACACCCACUUUUAUGCCAGUGGCAUAUGUAUUUAAAUUUAUAUGCGUUUGUUUGUCUGUUUGUCUGAAUAUCUCUCUAUUUGUUACCAAGUAAUCCCAUAUACCCGAUUAUAAUCAGAACCACCAAGGUUUCACUGUAUCAAUAACGAAAUCUCGCUCAAAAAUUUUAUUGGCAAAAUGGAUGGACGAUUAUCAUUCAGAAAAGAAAACAAAUAUGAUAAAAAUUACCUUUGACUUCCGGUGAUAUAGCCACAUCUUUGUAUGUUUAUCUGUAUGUGACACUAAAGAGUCUAUAGAUUCAUACAAUGGUAAGGUAAUUACAAGUGAGCUUUUUCCAAUUACAACAGGAGCUGGAUAAAACACAGUCAGACUGUAAUGCCCAUACUAAGAGGAAUGACAAGGGCAAAGUCACUGGGUGUACGGAAAAUAUCAAAGGGACACCAGGUGCCAAAGGAGGAAAUGGAGGAGAUGGGGGAUACUCUGGAAAGUCAGGUUAGUGAUCAGCAAUCAUAAAUAAAAAAUGGCUCGCGUGUGUUUAAUUACUUCACUUGUACCAUUAAAGACUGAUUGCUAAACAUAUCGUACGUCUCAAAACUGCAACAGGGCACUGCAAAAUUCCAUCAUCUCUCUUGACACACAAUUCCCUAAAAGCCUAAAACUCUCAGCAUAAGUUUCAAAACCUCGAUUUUAAUAGGAAAAUUAUUCUCGGAGCAAAAGGUUGCCGAAACCGUUCCCAUUUUUGAUAGAUCAGAAAUUAAAUAUUCCUGACUUCGCCGGUCACUUUGAAUAACUUCUUUUCACCUUCCAGUUAGUUGUUUGUGAUUUUUUAUUGUUGUUGUUGCUUUUUGUUUUUGCUCUCUUUGUUUGCUUGUUCUUUUUAUUAUUUUCUUCGUACAGUAUGGUUAUGUCACUGUUUUUGUUUUGUUUUGUUUUGUUUUGUUCGUUUGUUUUGUUAUUAAUUCACUCCAUUUCAUUUUUUAAUAAUAACUUGCAAGAUUUUAAAGUAAAGAAUAUUGGCACAGAAAGAGUGGUUGAAUUUUGUUUCAAAAAUGUGUAUUUGAGUGGAUGAUAUCGAAAUUAAUUAUAACACGUUUAUUUGUGCUGCCAAAGUUAUGAUUUGUCUAAAAACAGGUAAUGGAGGAAACGCUGGUCGUCAAACAUUCUAUUUAACUAGAUUGCUCGGGAAUAUAGAGUUAAAGACGUGUCGCGGAACAGGAGGACAAGCGGCUAAAAAUGGUGUCGGGGGAGAAGGUGACGUUUCGCAUCCUCUUCUGCAUUUUUAAAGCUCCUUUGCACAUUCACAAGUGGCAUAUCGAAAUUCUGCAUUCACUUAUCGCCUUCUAGAUCUUCUUUAGAGCUACUGCGGCCAAUUCCCAACUAUAUGCAUAAUUUUUUUGCGAUGUGGAGAGAUCCCUAGAAACUACGUCCCUUCCGCCAAAAUUAAGUUACAUAUUUCAAAAACCUAAAACUGCAUGUUGCCUUAGUUUGGUUAAAACACCAUCACACGAUCUGCAGAUGAAAAUUACUAAGAUGCGUUUGAAGAUGCUAAUGAUGAUAGUGCUGAUAACGGAUAAUGGCAAUAAUGAUGCAUUGCUACAUGAAAAAAUUAAUAAAUAAGAUGCAAAUGUAAAGGUUUUUUGGGAGGGUCAAAUCUGGACUUCAUCUUCGUUUUGAAUUGAACAUCAUCAAUCACCCUUCUUUAAACUGACAGGAGGCCAAGGUGGACUCGGAGGUCGUGGAAUCAAAUGCAAAUACCGCCGGAGAAGCAAGCUAGUCGGACUAGCAUGCAAGGCUGAUGGUCAAACUGAGGCUUCUCGAGGACCAACUGGAAAUAAAGGUCGCAGUGGGCAAAGUUGAGUGUUGCACUUUGGUUGCAAUUUCUAGCAAUAUGGUAUAAUGAUUUCUUUAGGGCAGAACGGCUUAUUUAUUCUUCUCGCGUAACCUUUCUUAACACCUUUAUCGUUUGACCCAGCAAGUAUCCUCCAACACUUUUGAAAAGGAUGAUAUAAAAUGAUCCCAAAAUGGAUCUCAUUUGAUCCAAAAGUUGCAUACCUUUGUGCUACAUUUCCCUCUUUUGUUUAUCCUUUUUUCAGGUUCAUGAAUAAGCCAUAAAAUACAUUGUAUUUUGUUUUAUUGUCUCAGCCCCUGUAAGCGCUGGUUCAACUGGUCAGAUAGCAGACACCUUACUGCAAAAGUUAAACCUCGAUCGCAGCCAGAAAGAUAAAUAUCCAGUGGUACUGAUGAAGGUGAUGACAAGAUACGCUGAAGACCUUGUUUGGCUCAACAACACCAGAAAUGCGCAAGCAGUUUUUGAGUUUAUAGCUGAUUUAGCGACUGGAAGAGAUGGGGACCUAGAAAAAUGUAAGAUGGAUUGGCACAUCUACUGACUUUUGAGUUUUCGGAUCUUGCAUUACCAAAAAAUUACAGCCCUGACUACAAAUUAAGGUGACUCAAUAUGUUGGAUUGAUACUAUCGGAAUUCAACAAUAAACACUUAACACAUGAUACAGCUAAAACCACGGUUGUUUUGAUAUAAAGAGGAUGUAAUUCUGUCAUGUUAACCCUAUAUGUCAAAAAAAAGACUGAAAAACAGCGAUCAAGAAUUGUCGAGAAAUAAUCGGACGAUUUUCUUGCAAUAGUCAACAAGACAAAGAAAGAAAGUGUAGAGGCUUCGAUUUAUCAAAACGUUAGUGUUUAACAUGACGAAGCAAUUUAAAGCCACCGUAAACUACAGAUAGGUUUCAUUUUUAACAAAAAUACAAAAUAAAGCUUGGAAAUGAUGGGCCAAUCGGAAAAAUGCUGUUUUAAAAAUGUAUUCCGGCACAAUUAUUGCUAGCCCGUGUCUUACAUGUUACUUCUGUUUACCCUUGAUGGGAAGCGCUGGUUCCUUUUAGAUUCUAAAAAGCUAAUAACGUUGUCGCUCAAAGCUAAUCAGAAGAAGAUUUGCAACUUUAAAACAACAAUGAAUGGAUCGAAAGUCAAAAAGGAAGAUGUCGCACCGUCCAACAACUUCUUUGAACUACUGGCUAAAGUAAAACAGCUGAUUAAAAAUCCAGUCUAGCGGCGAAAUUUAAUGAAAAUGCAUUUCAUUUUUUUUUCAGUUGCAAAGCGAAGGGUGGGUUUCCUAAACAAGAAAGGAUUUGAUAGAUUUGGAAACAAUAAACUAUUUGCACCUCUGAUGAAAUGGGAAACGUUUAAAGAACAACUUGUGCAGAUAAAAGAUAAUGCGCAAUCAUAUGAAAAUGCCUACAAUGAGAUACGGGCAUCUAUCGAACGACAGGAAGGUAUUAAGCAAGUGCUGCAAGCCCUUCCUUUACCAGCCAAGAUUCAAGUCCAUAAAGAAAAAGAAAGACUUGUGGAGGCAAGAAGGAUAGCAUUGAGCGAGAAAAGAGCCUAUGCGCAGGUGCGUACCGCCCGGCUAUUCAUUUAAGGACCCACUCAGUCAGAUAGUUUGUCCGUCAGUCAGUCAGUGAGUCCUUCGACUAAUCAGCCACUCAGUCAGAUAAUUUGUCCGUCAGACAGUUAGUCAGUCCUUCGACUAGUCAGCCACUCAGUAAGAUAGUUUAUUUGUAUAAUAAUAUGAUAGUGAGUCAGUUCUUCAUCACACAUUCACCCAUAUAUUCACGUGGUUACUGAAAAGUACGCUUUGGCGUUUAAGAGCGCUUGUCUGUAAAAAUUAAACAUAUCGCGGCAAGGGUGGAAAAUUCGAUUUCUUUCUUAUUUUAAUGUUAGAUAGGCUAGGCUAUAACUAAAAUCACUGCAUACUUUUUUUGGCGAAAUAUCUUUUUAUUUCAGGAAAAAAAAUACAAAUAACGAAAUUCCGUUAAAAUCGUCAUUUUUGGCAGCAAAUUAUUGCACGAGUUUGAGGGCUUCGCGUGCAAAAACGAAUCACUAUCUCGUCUUUUAAACACUCAAAUCUUCUUUAUCGAUCUCAUAAGACCUCACAAAAUGAUUUUUGUAAACAUUGCGCUCUUCUUUGACCUUUCGAGGUCAGCAUUCCAGCCGCGAGUCACACAUAUAUUUUAAUAUGUUUCAACCCAUAUGAGGCCGGAAAAUGUACAUGGGUACACAUUUCCAAAUGCUCUAACCUCAUUUGCUGUAGAAGAAACAUCAAAAGACCAUUUCACUGUGGUUAUCUUGUCGCUCGUCGUAUUUAUAACGUCCGAUGAAACUGCCUGUCAAUCUGCGAACUGUAACCAACCUUCGUUGUAAAACGUUUGACAUCUUUCUGCACUAUGGCAUCUUAUCCAGCGGUUCAGUUGACUGUGAGUAUUGUUCGGUUUGUGGUGCAGCAGAUUGAUCGAUGCUUUGAAAAGUGGCACUACACAUGUGUUGCAGUCAACGUUGUGUUGUUUACGGAGAGUCGUCACGCAAUGCAAGUCAUACAAUGGAAAGUUAUAUUUUAGGGGGUAGGGGAAGGGGAAAGUAAAAAGACGUCACUCUGCUGCUCAGAUUUUUUGUUCUUGUGAACAUCGAAAUCUCUUAUAUGUAAGUCGCGGAGAUCGGGCCUUUGGAUAAUACUCGUUGAAAAGCUAAAUUUAGUACCUGCUAAAAGUAGUGAGCCUAAGUAAACAAAACCUCGUUUAUGGUAAUUACACGAUGCCUAUUGUUUGCUUAGAGGCGGGGCUUCGGACUUUGUUUUUCACAAAUAUACUUACUUACACGUUCAACUUAGUUACAUAAGAAAUAGAAGGUUGUUGUUCGUUCAAGUCGCUUAUUGGCGGAGUUUGUUGUUACAAUACUAGAGAUCGAAAGUGUGAAACGGAAAUUGUUCCUUUAAUUUCAUGCACCAAGAAUAUCGCAAGUCAUAAGUCGGCUUUCAAAUUUACCGGUCCUGAAGAUGAGAUCGACCUUAUUUUGUGCCAAGCGCACAUAUGUCGGCCUCUCUGUAGUUUAAGGUUUUAAACGGUAGUUGGGACUGUUAACAGUGGUUAAUUGUAACACUCCCUUUUGCAAGCCCCACCCAUUGGCCACAGAACAUAGCACCCCUGCCUCACAUAAGCCACACAUCCCCACCACUGCGUUAUGUAGCAUGUCGCAGUAAAAAUGUACAAAGUUAAAGUUCCUUUGUCACCGGUAUUGCGUGACAACCCAAAUACUCAAAGGACGUACAUGUUUGUAGUCAACUCAGUUUAGCAUUGAAUUAGACUGUCAGACGUUAUCUUUUAGCAAUACUCGCAGUCAACUGAACCAUUGAAUAAGAUGCCACAGUGAAGAAAGAUAUCGAACGUUUGACAACAAGAUGGUGUUCGACAGAGUUGGUGGUUUCUUCGGACGUUGUCAUUUAUACAAACCUAAAUACGACGAACGACAAGAUAAUUACACAAAAAUGGUAUCUAGAUCGGUCUUCUGCAGUAAAUGAAGUUAGAGCAUUUGGAAAUAUGUUUGUAUGUACAUUUUUCGGCCUCAUAUUGGUUAAAACAAAUUAAAAUAUGUGUGACUCGCGACUGGAAUGUUGACCGCAAAAGGUCAAAUAACUGCAUUUUAACAGACUUUGAAAAGCUUUUGUAUCGCUCUCAAUCAUUUGCCCAAACAAAUUUUUACAAUUAUAUUGAGAACAUCUUUUCGAAAUUCAACCACUAAGAGCUUAAUCCAUUUGAAGGUUUAGCACAUGGUGAAAAUUAAUUUCAUUCACGAAGUAUUUUUACUGAAGAGAAAUGAAAUUUUAAACGCAAAGAAGAUCGCAGUGUUUACAAAAAUCGUUUUGUGAGGUCUUAUGAGCUUGAAAAAGAUUUGAGUGUUAAAAAGACGAGAUAGUGAUUCGUAUUUGAACACGAAGCCCUCAAACUUGUGCAAUGAUUUGCUGCUAAAAAUGACGAUUUUAACGGAAUUUUGUUAUUUGUAUUUUUCUCUGAAAUAAAAAGAUAUUAUGCCAAAAAAGUAUCCAGUGAUUUUAGUUAUAGUCUAGCCUAUCUAAUAUUAAAAUAAGAAAGAAAUCGAAUUUUUCACCCUUGCAGCGAAAUUUAGAAUUUGUCUGAUUUUUACAGACAAGCGCUCUUAAUCCCUAACCUAGCCCUCAAAGUUUUUAAUGUCAACGAUGAGUGCAAAAUGGAUAAAUAAUAAACCGCAUGUUUGUUUUUCAUCCUUUUGGGACAGGCCAUUACUGAAUUGGAAGCAAGCAUGAAAAGCUCACUUGAAGAAAUACUCGUCCAACUUCCAGACGUACAUCGGGCAGCGCAGUUCAACAAAAAAGACCUGUUUAUUGUUCUCCAAGCUUUAGUAGGAUUUGCCACUGGUACUGCAGGGAGAGAUCCAUUGGCAUUACUUGGGACUGCUUUAACAAUUGUCGGACAUUUUGCCACAAAGUGCAAUACUGGAUCGCUUCAAGACAAUAAGGACAAACUCGAAAAAUGGCUGAUGUUUGGUAAGGAAUACGCUGCCCUAGACGACUCUAGUGAUCUGGAUUUUGACAAAAUGGAUGUGGGAUCUGUACCGGAAAUCAUGAAGGUAUAAGCCCUCUAUAGAUCUAGAUUUCAGCACUUUUAAAGGAAAUUUUGCGACCGCCUGACAUGAGUUUAUUAGAAUCUUAAAACGCGGCUAGUAUCAUUAUUUCAUUGAGACACUGAUGGUGGAGAUGAAAUGUUCACGGUUUCUCUCCUUUUAGCUGAUAAAAUUCAAAGGAAAUUUUGACAAAAAAUGUUCUCAACUUUCUUUAAGACUAACCUUGAAAUGAACAAGGAAGCGCUUACUGCGGACCUGGUUUGUAUGAUAGAGGAGAGGUCACUUCCACGAAACCUUGCAAAAUUCAGGGAACAGAUAGAACGAUUUUUCAUGGCUGGGGGAGCGAGGAUUGAUCUCAUAGCCAAGGUUAUUGAUCUGGACAAUGCAGUUGGUGGAUACAACUUCGAUAUCCCUAAUUUAGAGCAAACAUCGAAUGAAAUAGAGAGCUUGCGAAACUCUGGAGGUAAGGAUCGAUGGUUGAUUACACGCUACGUAUGUGCAACAUGCAGAGUGAAGCAGCAGUCGUUGAUAUGGAGGCAGACCAAUCCAGAACACAACUGAGUAUAUAAGAUAUACUCCUGUCCAAAUCUAACAUAUGAUAUGUUUUUAUUACCAAAAUCAUAAGUGUAAGAUAAAUCCAGCUCGCAGGCCAGAAAUUCUAAAUUUUGACAGAGUAUUUCCUGUUUUAUUGAGUGUUGAGUAUUACUUCUUUGCCUUCUGGUCUGGGUGCUUUUUCAUCGUGGGGUUACCCCCUCGUUUGCCUGUACUCCACUACGUGGAGAGAAGUAAUUGGAGACAGAAGAGUCUUGCUCAAGAACACAGCACAAAGACCCAGUUAGGGCUUGUAACUAGGAGACAAUAGGGAGCUUACAAGUCAUUCAGCCACCAGCUUUCAAGCAGAGCAAUGACCAUAGAGCAAGGGGUGGGAUGAUGUUUUCUCUGGAGAGUGGUAGUUUAUCGGUUAACGGACGGGACUCCAGGUCUAGCUAGGAUGACUUGAUGUUAUUAUUAUGAGUGUAAAAGAUCGCACAUUUAAGAAACGUUGUAUUUGGUUCCUUGUUAACUUUGGUUUGCAGACUUAGACUCUCCAAUCGCUGAGAACAUACAACAGAUGUUCCUCGAUGAUUUACUUACUUCUUAUCAGCAGAUGGAGACAAGUUUUACUCAGAAUCUCUAUCAGUUUUACAAAGGCUUUGAGUUCCGCUCACUUUGGAAAGUUGGUGAUACCUUAGUCGACUUUCAGCGACGUGCAAGCGAAGCUGCUCGGGGGAAUGAACAACUUCGAGGUGUACUGGAACUGACUAAUGCUUUACAAGAAAUCGAUUCUAUUGAAAGUAAAGGGCGAAAAUGCUUCACCAGAUUCAAAUAUUCAACAAAUACACACAAAUGGUCUUUUAACAGUGUUGAACAUGCUACGGUUAGUAUUUUCAUGGACGGAUAUGACUUAUUUCGAGAUCCAGUCAUAGAGGUGUUGCCUUACGAAAUUUUGGCGGAAGAAGGGUCGCAGUACAAAGUGGGAAGAUUGGGUUCAGGGUUCAGGUUUUCCUGCAUUUUGAUUGGCUAUAUUUCCCAUAGCAUGGUAUUUAUGGAAAUUUUUGGAAGAUAAUAGUCCACUAUGUAUGGACAAUAUAUCACUGUAGUUUUUCAUAUUUGAAGAUCUAAAACUUGUGAAACAACUCAUACUACAGUUUCAGAGAGGUAUUUUCAUCGUGAUUAAUGCUCACUUGCACUCCUUUCGAAGUUGAUUACUUUUAAAAGAUGAAGAGCCACUCAAACAUUGUUUUCAUAGAGCAGGUCGUCAGUUCAACUCUUGAAAAUUCUUCGAGAUUAAGAAUACCUGAAAUGUUAGGUCUUCUUGUUGUUAGGUCUUCUGUUGUCCCUCGUUACUUUGUGAGUUUGAGGAUGACUUAGAAAAAGGUUGUUUUCCCUUUUUCUCUAUCUUUAUGCACUAGCUUUUUGAUGAUUUGCACAGAGGCAAAGCGACGUUCACCAUAGAGGUUUCUGACAAUUGCAAGUCAUGCUACAAUGUUCGUCUUUUGAAGGUAGGAAAUAUGUCCUCUACUGCUAAUGAGCCAUACAUCGAUACCGUAUGGCUAUAACACUUAAAAGACGACUAUGGCUACGAACAUAACACAUAUUUGCUUUAGUUUACUAGUUUUGGUCUUUAUUUACUUGGCCUUGUUGCUCUGCACGCUCUCUAACCUUCAUGGCCAUCGUGCUACUCGCUUGAUUUUAAUUGUUUUCUUUUUCGUUUUUUUGUUUGUGUUUUUUUUCUACUACUCGAUAUUUCUACUGCGCUGCGUCUUUUGAUGAAUAGUGUAAUGAACUCAGCGCUUGUAAAUACUAGUUCUCAGUAUACUCUCAGUUGUAACUUUAUGAAAUUUUCAGAUCGUAUGAUUCGCGUUGAUAUUCAGCAGAAGGUUUCUGAUCCUUAGCUAGAUUUAAGGGAGGCCAUUUCGCUUCAGUCGCAUUGAGAUGCGUUAGAUCUGAGUCAUUAUUUACUGUAGUUUUACCGUAAAUACUACAAGGCACGUUGUUUUGGAUUUCCUUUUAGUUCAAGCCACCAAGCAGCGCUACAUCACAUCGCAUUCGACAUGAUAUCCUCAUCACUAUCAUGUUGUUAUCAUGACAGCUACUAUCAAAAUCAUUAAAGUAAAGUUUUGCGUUUGUGUCUUCUUGCCUUCUGCAUGCGUGACUUAUUAGUGAUUUCUUCUGUUAUGACCUUUCCAUCCUGACUGAGAAACAAAAAUUGGUCUAAUUUCCACUGUGGCUUGGUAGUGACACAUUUGAUCUCUCUGCGUGGUUUUAAAUCGAUGAUUAAUCAGUCAACAGCUUGAUCUUUAUUUUUCAUAGAUGUAUGUUGAACUCUAUGGAAAAGAAACUCAAAGAGAAAACAACUUUCCAGCAACUGUUUAUCUAAGACUGCGACAUAUGAGUGCCUCGUUUUUUCGAGAUGGAUAUGGAAAAAUGAGAGAAUUCCGACAACAAAACAUGGACGUUUGGAGAAAGUUUGAAGUUUGA